AGUUUGCAAUGCUAGAAGAUGGCGGAUGACAUGUUAUUCGGAGACAUUGCUUUAUUUGAUGAAUUUGAAAAAGAAAGAGAACCGUCUGGGUCCUUUUUGAUUUACGAAAAUGAAGAGGGUACUGUCACAAAUGACAGCAGGUUUGUGUUUCAAGAAAAUAGCGAAUCAUCGUCUGAUUCAGAGGACGAACAGAAACAGAAAGUAGAAGAGAACUCUGUAGCCUAUGCCGUUGGAAAAAUUAAAAAACAAAGCGCGAAAAGCGCACCUACAAACGGAAAUAAGGCUUCUUCAGACGGAGAAUCUUCCGAAGAAGAUGACGCGACUCCAGUUGUAAAUGAGGACAGACUCAGCCAUGCUGCCAAUUACAAACUGAAUUUUGAAAGAAACAAGUUCAAAAGAUUCUGCAACAUCUUAGAUUCAACAAGGAAUAAGCCAGAUGAAGAAUCAGCAGCUGUCCAGGUUAUCUUCCAAAACAACACGUUUUCCAGGAAGUAUCGUAGCCAGGUUGAGGAGUAUAUCCAUGGUCUGCUGGAGAAGGAGCAGCAGGAACAGGACCUCACUCUUCCUAGACUUGCUCUCAGGAGUACUGUUCCCAGCUGUGCAGAAAUCAAUGACAAAAUUCCAGUGGAUAAAAGAACAGAUAAGAUGUUUCAAGCCCAUAAAAUAAUAGGUUGUUGCCACUUCUAUGGGUCGUACAUGCUGGACGCCCUUGGGUGGCCUCUGGUGGAGUUCAACCCCUCUCUCACAGACUCCUGGGACAUACCCACAUAUGAACAAGUGUUUACAGACAUCCUACCCCUGGACAUUGCUCUCAUUGAGGCACGAGCUAAAAAGAAAGAAAGGGAAAGACAGAAGCCCAAGUGCUGGAACUGUGAUGGUGACCACAUGAUGACAGAAUGUAAGGAGCCCCGGGACCAGAGGAAGAUCAGCGAGAACAGGAAACAGUUCAUGGCCUCCUCCCGUGAACAGCAGCCCUCGGGACCAAAAGGAGGACGCUAUCACGUGGAUGCAAGUCAAGAUCCACGAUUCUCCAAGUUUAAACCUGGCACUAUCAGUGAAGAGCUCCGUAGUGCUUUGGGGUAUGAUGAGGAUCAGCUGCCCCUGUACAUUUACAGGAUGCGGGCCCUGGGCUACCCCCCGGGAUGGAUGGAGGACGCAAAAGGAACCCCAGGGCUUGCCAUGUUUGACGAACAUGGGAAUGAUCCUGAUGAAAGUCCUGAAUCCGGAACCCUUGAUGUAGAGAAGAUCAUUGAAUACCCGGGCUUCACCACACCCAUGCCUGAUCAUGUAGCAGAUGAGUCUGAGUUCUACUGUCUGCCACAGCUCCAGCCACACCAGCUCAAGGCCACACUGCAGGCAAAUACUCGUGCUCUAGCUGAGUCGAUGAAGCGUGUCAAUGAAGAAGAGGAGGACCAGAGAGCCAAGCGAGUCAAACUGAACUCUUCUGACAUGGACCUUGACGAUGAGGAGAGCAAUUUGAUGAUUGACCCACCUUUGCCUGCUGAGACUCCACCCCGCAGACCUCCCCCACCCAACUCAACUCCGCCCCCAACCCCGGAUGAGAACACCCGAACGUCUCUGUUGUCCCGGGAAUCAAGUGUAGCCCCAUCAGAUGGUCGAUCAGGCUCACCGACCCUGGAAGAGCUUGAGCAACAGUACCAGGCAUUGCAGCACACCCUGCUAGAGGGUGAGGACAGCCAGACUGGGGACAGUGGGGAGGAGGGAACUGGGGUUGGCGAUGACACAGCCAACGCCAUAGAGCUGGACUCUGCAGACGACAUUGACCCUGCAGGCACCUCGAUCUGUCCCAUAGAAAUUACUAACGAUUCAGUGGACAGCUGUCCUGAUGACUUUGAGUUUGUGAAACCUAAGUUAGUAAAGUGUAGCUCAACCACUUCUAUUCAAACAUUUGGUGAGCUGGGAUCAGGGAGCCCAAGGGGCUCUGCUCCUGGUACUCCUGUACACAGCCCUUUUGUGGAGCUUAAGCCUGAUUUUAAGGGCACUGUGUCUAAGUCAAAAGACUUUAGUACACCUAUUUUAAAACGGACUGGUAGUUAUGACCAUAUCCCUGAAGAUUUAAAGUUUUCUCAAGGGAUUGAAGAUCAUAUUCCAUUUGAAAAUUUGCCAGGAGCUACAGGCAACUUUGAAAAGAUGAGAAAUCUAGUUUCUAAAAUCAGGGGACUUAAGCAAAAACUUUUCAAGAAAUCUAAUAACUGACUUACUCGCCUAAGAUGAUAGUAACAAUACAAGUAACUCUAGAAUAUAUGCACUACAAAAACAAUGUUGGUAAGCUUAAAACUAGCAGGUUUGGGAAAACACAGCUUGACCGUGCUUUACCUAAAAAGCAAGGCAUGUUUCAAUGGGCAUCAUAUAUUAAGUCUUCAAUUGUCGUCAAGUUUUUGUUCAGGAAAUGAUCAUCUUCAUAAGUACAUUUUUUCACUAUCAUCUAAAUAUAUCACAUGUAUGAAAGCAUUCAGGUUUGUACAUAGCUUAUUUUAAAGAAUAAGUUUUAAACUUACAUAAUAAAACUAAAAGUUAAAAAAAACUA